AUGAAACGAAACCACAGUUCCCACCACAAGAACAACCAAAACCCACCUCGAAAAUGGCUUAUAAUCCCAACUCUCACAAUCUCCCUCCUUCUCCUCUUCAUCCUUCUCCUUCUUCCCCACACAAAACCCUCUUCUUCAUCCCCUUCUUUUGACAAUUUCACAACCCAAUUGAAUCUUCCAAAACUACCCAAAUUCGCUUACUUGUUAACAGGUACAAAAGGGGAAGUUUCACAGCUCAAAAGGGUUCUUCAAGCAACUUACCAUCCAAGAAACUAUUACCUUCUUCACCUUGAUCUUGAAGCUUCUGAUGAAGAGAGGCUUGAGCUUGCAAAGUAUGUGAAGAGUGAGAGUGUUUUUGUGGUUUUUAGGAAUGUUAUGGUUGUUGGUAAAGGUGAUUUGGUUACUUAUAAGGGUCCUACUAUGAUUGCUUCUACACUUCAUUCUGUUGCUUUGUUUCUUAAAAGGGUUGGUGAUUGGGAUUGGUUUGUUAAUCUUAGUGCUUCUGAUUAUCCUCUCUUCUCACAAGAUGAUCUCUUGCAUAUCUUUUCAUUCAUGCCUAGGGACAUAAACUUCAUUGAGCAUACAAGUAAUAUGGGUUGGAAAGAAUAUCAAAGAGCCAGGCCUAUCAUUAUAGAUCCGGCCUUAUAUCAUUCAAGGGUAUCUAGUGUUUACUAUGCUAAAGAGAAAAGAUCUCUCCCAUCUUCGAUCAAGUUAUUCACAGGCUCUGAAUGGGUCGUACUUACAAAACCGUUUCUCGAGUUCUGCGUUUGGGGUUGGGACAACCUUCCUCGUACACUCCUCAUGUACUACACAAACUUCCUUUCGUCAAACGAAGGCUACUUCCACACCGUCAUUUGCAAUCACAAGGAUUAUCAAAACACGACUAUAAACCACGAUUUGCGUUACUUAAGGUGGGACAACCCACCAAAACAACAUCCUUUGUCGUUGAAAUUGGAGCAUUUUGAAGACAUGGCGCAUAGUGGUGCGCCUUUUGCUCGAAAGUUCGACAAGGACGACCCGAUUCUUGAUAAAAUUGACAAGGAACUAUUGGGAAGGUCCGACGGUCACUUUACUCGUGGUGGUUGGUGUGUUGGUAAUAAUCUUAAGGGAAAUGAUCCUUGUGCUGUUUAUGGAAACAGAGAUGUUGUUAAACCUAGUUUAAGAUCAAAGAUUCUUGAGAAACUGAUGUUGAAACUAUUGGAUUAUGAAAAUUUCAGGCCAAAACAAUGUAAAUAAUCUGUUCUUGCAAUGUGCAAAUUUUUAUACAUUAUGAACAGUUAUCCAUUUAUUUUGACAUUA